CACAAGGAUGACGUUUGCUUUUAUCCAAAUGCCAAGCCGAGUACGACAUUUCGUAAAUUCAAACAUCACUGAUGGUUUAAAUAUUUAAUUGAUUAGACAAAAGCCAUACAAUGAGCAAAAAGAGCAAUAUUUCAUGGAUAAAGCCAGCAGAACCAUCAUUUCUACGUAAAUUUAAGAAUGAUGUUGGAUUCAAAGAGGGACCGACUGUUGAUACCAAGAGAGAAGAAUUGCCCAAGUUCGACGGCGAUAGCGACGACAGUGACCGUGAGGAUGAGAAGCCGCAAGUGGUGGUUCUGAAGAAGGGCCACCUAUCUGCAGACGAGGUCCAGAAGAUAAAAGAUGAAAUUAAAGAUUCGAAAUCAGAUGCAGAAGGGAAACCACCAGCAGAUGGCAAAAUAGUUUUCAAGAAGCCUGAAAAGCGCUCUUCAGAGAAGUUCCAGGGCAUCACAGCCAGUUCCAGCAAAAAGAGGAAGCAGCAGGAAGAAAAGGAGAGUCACAAGGGGAAAGAGGAGAAUGAAGGGAAGAAGGUGAAAAACAGCAGUCUUCUGUCCUUUGGUGAUGAUGAUGAUGAUGAUGAGGAAGACGAGGACUAACCUCAGAGGGGUACCAGGAAAGGGAGGUAUUUGUGACGGAUCACUGCAGUGAUGCUGUUGAGAAUUUCACUGGGAAGGGAUGCUGGGGUAUUAGGAGUAGGGGUGCACAUUAUUGAAGGGGAAGAAUAAUCAGCUCAGUGUUGAAAGUGAUGUGGAAGGUUUCCACAUCUGAUUCGUAAUGUGAAUGAAUUGUGUGUUUUCUACCUAACCUAAGAGUUAGAAAGAAAAAAAAAAAAGACUUUUAACAACUGUGACGUGAGAAAUCCAAGAGUCCCCCUGAGUGAAGUUUUUAAAUCCGCACACCUCUCUGCCCUUUGCUGGCAGCUUUGGCCUGCUUCUUUGCAUGUUGAUGAGCCAGGCCAUAGAGGGUCACCACGGUAAAUUCAAUAGCACAAAAACUUAAACUUAAAUUAAUUGGCAUUAGACCAGGAAGACCAAUGGCUUUGGAUAUAAUGACAAGUGCACAAAAGAACCUGAAAGGGAAAAACUGUUCUUAUGGGGGACAGUUUCCUACUUCUUUUUCAUUUUGUUUCCCAUGAUAAUGUGCUUAGACAUUUAAAAUCAUGCAUCAGGAUUAUACAAGGAAUACAGAAUCAUUUAGACUUUGUGCAACACAUUUCAUGUGUUUCCAGAUGUUAUUAGAUUAGGAACGAACAUUUUUUAAGUGUAUAUGAAACUACCUGGUGUGAUGCUGCCACUGUACAUUAUUUAAAAGAAUAAUUCAAGUGAUCAAAUGUGAAUGUUUCACUUUCCAAACAACUUUUUGCAGGAAGAAGUAGGUUGGGACUUGAAUAAAGGCAGUAACCCAAGCAUAAAUUUAGUUUGUCAUUUUCAACCGUUACAUAAGGUGCUCUUUAAGACACGAGACCUAAAUUAAUGGAAUGUUAAUAAAGUGAUUAAAACUACAUAAACGAACAGUGCUCAUGCUGUAGGACGAUCAGUCAUUUUGCAUUCACAACAUGAGGCAUGCGAUUACAUUUUACCAAGCCAGACCUUUCUAUGCCCUGCUCAUUGUAUGUACAUACAUGAUAGAGCUUCUACAAAGGAGCCAGUUCUGAAAUGUUUAAGUGUUUUAAACAAUGCUGUCCAACUUAGCAUUAUAGUUUUUAACCCAAAGGGUGUGGGCUGUAUUGUGAGUGUACUAGCUUGUUUGACUAUACUGUGGUGUGACUCUAGUGUGUCGUUGUCAUGAAUAAACAGUGAUUUUAUUAAUAUUGCAAAAAA